AGUAUUAUGGUCCCUCCCACAAUACACAUCAUAUGAGGAAGACAUAGCUCAUCUCUGUUGGGGAGUCGUUAUUUUUUUACCGUUCUACUGCCAAAAUAUCCGUCAUGGUAUCCGGUCAGUAGUGGCAGCCUAACCAGCUGGUUCUGUGACAGAAAUUAAGCCAUAUCUGGAGUUGACGACUUUUAUAAAACAGAUUUAUCCCAGCUCAUCAUGACAUCUGCAGAAUACUCAAUUGUUGGCGGUGAACUGAAAGUCACUGGAAACAUGAGGAGUGACUUUGACAAAUACGGAUAUAUAAUGGUCAGAAACUUUUUGGACACUAAGGAACUUCUUCAAAUUAAGACAGCUCUGGAAGACCAUGACAGCAUAACAAGCAAAGGAUUUUCAAUAUCUGAUGAGAAAGGGAGAGAAUGUAAAUUAGCUCUAUGGAACAAUCCGGGCAACGACGUAACGGGUAUGGUAGCACGCUGUGAAAAAAUGGUGGACACUUGUGAAAUGUUGCUAGGUGGGGAAGUUUAUCACUACCACACUAAGUUGAUGAUGAAGAAUGCUGAAACUGGAGGAAGUCAUCUAUGGCACCAGGACUACGGAUACUGGUAUAAAAAUGGCUGCCUGUACCCGGACAUGUUGACCGUUUUCAUUUCCAUUGACAGAUGCAAUAAGGAAAAUGGCUGUUUGGAGAUAUUGAGAAGUUCACACAAGUGUGGGAGAAUAGAGCAUUUAAUGGUAGCUGGCCAGACAGGUGCAGACAUGGACAGAGUUACGGACAUCAAAAACUCGGGACAAUGUCCACUAGAGAUGGUCGAAAUGGAACCUGGUGAUGCACUGUUUUUCCAUUGUAAUCUGCUUCAUACCAGUGGUCCAAACUUCAGUCCUCACAGACGAUGGGCAUUCCUCGCGGCAUACAAUAAGGCUACCAAUGACCCAGUAAUAGUCCAUCAUCACUCCCAGUACACACCUCUACACAAGGUUCCAAACUCGGCCAUACUGGACUGUACUAACUUCACGGAUGUGACAGGAAAGGACUUUCUUGAUCCAAAGAAUGACAAGACGAUAGUAUCCAUAGACGACAAGGCUGAAUCCCCUCAGGCAAAGAAACAGAGGUCAAGUGAGGGAUCGUGAUCAAUGAAAAUAUUCCCUCAAUACCAUUAUAAAGCAAGUCAAUCACUAGAGGGCCUUGUACCUAGUGAUGCAGGGAGAUUUUGAUUCAGUAAGAAUCAAAAACUGAUUCAAGCAUUUGAUAGCUGCUACCUUAAUUCAGCAUUGAUUCAUAUUGUUAUUGGACACCUUGGAAUCUACUCAUAAAGAAUUUUAUUUUUAAACAAGAAAUCACUAUAUUAAUAUAUAAUAAUUGGUUAUAGGUAAAUGUAUGUUCAUUUUUAACAUUACGAUGUAAAUAUCUUAAGUACUAACUCCCUUCAAGUGAUAUAUAAAUGCUUCAUUCACAUUUAUAUACAUGUAUUUAUAUACAUUUGAGUUUUUCAAUCAUCAUUGUUGCUCUAAAAGAUAUAAUCUUACUACAUGAUAAGGAGAUUUGUAUUUUUGUAUCUUGUUAAUUGUGUGAUGUACAUGGAAUGUUUAUUUUUAAAGAUAAUAAAGAAAAACAGCAGCAUUCUUUAAAUUACAAAUACAGUAAGCAUUAUAUAGUAAACACAAGAGUCAUUAUCUCAUAUGUCAACUCGACAGUCAGAAUUAUACUGUCAACACGACAGUCACAAUUACACUGUCAACACGACAGUCACAAUUACACUGUCAACACAUCAGUCACAAUUACACUGUCAACACGACAGUCACACGUUACACUGUCAACACGACAGUCACACGUUACACUGUCAACACAAAAAGUCACACGUUACACUGUCAACACGACAGUCACACGUUACACUGUCAACACAACAGUCACACGUUACACUGUCAACACGACAGUCACACGUUACACUGUCAACACGACAGUCACAAUUACACUGUUAACACGACAGUCACAAUUACACUGUCAACACGACAGUCACACGUUACACUGUCAACACGACAGUCACACGUUACACUGUCAACACGACAGUCACACGUUACACUGUCAACACGACAGUCACACGUUACACUGUCAACACGACAGUCACACGUUACACUGUCAACACGACAGUCACACGUUACACUGUCAACACGACAGUCACACGUCACACUGUCAACAUGACAGUCACAAUUACACUGUCAACAUGACAGUCACACGUUACACUGUCAACACGACAGUCACACGUUACACUGUCAACACGACAGUCACACGUUACACUGUCAACACGACAGUCACACGUUACACUGUCAACACAACAGUCACAAUUACACUGUCAACACGACAGUCACAAUUACACUGUCAGCACAGCAAAAUAAAACGAUAAUAGUGCAAUACUUCGUUAUGAAAUUUUUGUUUUGAAUGAUUUUAAUAUGAAUUCCCAUGGCCAUUAUAAUCAGUACAAUAUAUAAGAUUAAAUGAUGUUAAAUUUG